AAGGGUAAUUCCGAGGUGAGCCUAGGGGAAGAGGUAUCUACUUCUUGUGUUUUGGUCAUUUUCCAACUUCCUCCAAGGCUUCCUCAAGCAGAGCUGUGGCAGGAAGCCACGGAGGUUUGGAGGUUUGGGACUGUUCUCCGCACAUGGUUCACUGCCACAUGUUUGCCUGCCUCCUGACCUCCAUCGCUUGGUGACUCCUCCCCUGGUGUGAGGGGCACUGCUGGAGGAGGGCUGGGAGGAUACCUGGUGGGCCCAGGGACUGCCCUGUCCUCACCCUUGCCAGCGUGCAGAACAGUGCUUGGCCACUGGCCACUGCCUGCUUGGUGUGGUGGGUGCCAGGAGCAGAGGAGGAGGCUUGACCCACACGUCCUCUGGCUGCAGCUCUAGCCUGCUGGCUCCUUGGUGGCCCCCUGGGGUUGGGCUUUUAUUUCCCUGACUUCCCAAGUUUUGCCCUUCCUCUGGGUCCCAGUGUGCACCCACUGGGACCACUUCCUUCCUUUUCCCAUUUCCCUAGUUCCAUUCCACAGCUGCCCUGGAAGAGGAUGCUAAUGGCCUAAGCUCCCUGGGGCCCUCACCCCACUGGAUGUGGCAGUGAUGAGGGGUGGCCUGGGCUGGACCAUGGAGGAAUUUGCGUGUUCCAGCAGGACAGGAAGGGAAAUGCUGAGCUCUGGGAUCUCCUCCCUUUUCCACCCCCAGCUGCCUCUGUUUCCUCCCUCAUUCCCCCUCCCCUCCCCUGACUUCCUGCCCAUGUCCGGUUUGGAUUGAUCCAGACCGUCUCUUAUCUCCCUCCUCUCCUUCCUCCUCCAUCCUUUCCUCCAAACUCCCACUUCUCCCCCAGAUCACUAGUUGUUUGUUUAGGGUAGGGGAGAGGGGCAGGAUAGCUCUGCCCCUGCCUGAGUUCUGGGCUGGGGCGGCGGCAGUGGGGGCUCAGCCCCUCUGAGCCUGUGAGUCAGCACUGUCCUCCGGAUUGGUCUCUCUCCUUAGCUCCCCGCCCCUGGGGAGGAGCCAGGCAGCUCUGGGUCCAGCCUGUUCUCUUCUCUGCCAGAGAAGAGGCUCCACGCUGGGCGGGGAUGGGGCCUGAAACUGUCUGGGUCUGAGCUGGGGGAGCGGAAGCCACUUGCCCCUCUCCCUCCCCAGGACUCCUGCCCCUCCUGGGCCACAGAGGCCCGGCAGGCUCGGGGCCUGGGGAUGCCCCCUGCCUGGCCCCCUUGCCCCAGCUGGCAGGGGGGCCGGGCCGGGCAGCAGCCCUGCUCUCGCCCCAGCCAUGGAUCUCUUGCCCCCCAAGCCCAAGUACAACCCACUUCGGAAUGAGUCUCUGUCGUCGCUGGAAGAGGGGGCUUCAGGGUCCACCCCUCCGGAGGAGCUGCCUUCCCCUUCAGCCUCGUCCCUGGGGCCAAUCCUGCCCCCUCUGCCCGGGGACGACAGUCCCACCACCCUGUGCUCCUUCUUCCCCCGGAUGAGCAACCUGAAGCUGGCCAACCCUGCUGGGGGCCGCCUGGGGCCCAAGGGGGAGCCAGGAAGGGCAGCCGAGGAUGGGGAGGGGAUCACAGGGGCAGCCAUGCCGGACUCAGGCCCCCUGCCCCUCCUCCAGGACAUGAACAAGCUGAGUGGAGGCGGCGGGCGCAGGACUCGGGUGGAAGGGGGCCAGCUGGGGGGCGAGGAGUGGACCCGCCACGGGAGCUUUGUCAAUAAGCCCACGCGGGGCUGGCUGCAUCCCAACGACAAAGUCAUGGGACCCGGGGUUUCCUACUUGGUUCGGUACAUGGGCUGUGUGGAGGUCCUGCAGUCAAUGCGUGCCCUCGACUUCAACACCCGGACGCAGGUCACCAGGGAGGCCAUCAGUCUGGUGUGUGAGGCUGUGCCGGGUGCUAAGGGAGCCACACGGAGGAGAAAGCCCUGUGGCCGCCCGCUCAGCUCUAUCCUGGGGAGGAGUAACCUGAAAUUUGCUGGAAUGCCAAUCACUCUCACCGUCUCCACCAGCAGCCUCAACCUCAUGGCCGCAGACUGUAAACAGAUCAUUGCCAACCACCACAUGCAGUCUAUCUCAUUUGCGUCCGGCGGAGAUCCGGACACAGCCGAGUAUGUUGCCUACGUUGCCAAAGACCCCGUGAAUCAGAGAGCCUGCCACAUCCUGGAGUGUCCCGAAGGGCUUGCCCAGGAUGUCAUCAGCACCAUUGGCCAGGCCUUCGAGUUACGCUUCAAACAAUACCUCAGGAACCCACCCAAGCUGGUCACCCCCCAUGACAGAAUGGCCGGCUUUGAUGGAUCAGCUUGGGAUGAGGAGGAGGAAGAGCUACCCGACCAUCAGUACUAUAAUGACUUCCCGGGGAAGGAACCCCCUUUGGGGGGCGUGGUGGACAUGAGGCUCCGGGAAGGAGCUGCCCCAGGGACUGUUCGACCUGCUCCACCCAGUGCGCAGACCCCCAGCCACUUGGGAGCUACCCUGCCCGUAGGGCAGCCUGUGGGAGGAGACCCGGAAGUCCGCAAACAGAUGCCACCUCAACCACCUUGCCCGGGCAGAGAGCUCUUUGAUGAUCCCUCCUACGUCAACGUCCAAAACCUAGACAAGGCCCGGCAGGCAGGGGGAGGGGCUGGGCCCCCCAACGCGACCGCCAAUGGCAGCGCACCCCGGGACCUCUUUGACAUGAAGCCCUUUGAAGAUGCGCUUCGGGUACCUGCACCUCCCCAGUCGGUGUCCAUGGCUGAGCAGCUCCAAAGGGAGCCCUGGUUCCAUGGGAAGCUGAGCCGGCGGGAGGCUGAGGCGCUGCUGCAGCUCAACGGGGACUUCCUGGUGCGGGAGAGCACGACCACACCUGGCCAGUACGUGCUCACCGGCCUGCAGAGCGGGCAGCCCAAGCACCUGCUCCUGGUGGACCCCGAGGGUGUGGUUCGGACAAAGGAUCACCGCUUUGAGAGUGUCAGCCACCUCAUCAGCUACCACAUGGACAAUCACUUGCCCAUCAUCUCUGCGGGCAGCGAACUGUGUCUCCAGCAACCUGUGGAGCGGAAACUGUGAUCCGUCCCCGCGUCCCCGAGCUCUCACAGAAGACGCCCCUGCCUCCCCUUCCACCCUGUUCCCUGCUCUCAGGACUUCACUCAACGAGUGUUCUGUGGGCUUGGCCUUGGGUCAGAGCUGGGAGGAGGGUGGACACUGGGUUUUGCAUUCAGCUGAGGGAGAGGGUUUGAGUCAGGAGCCUGGGGUAGAAUCCUGCUUCUCCCCAAACCUCACCAAAGUAUUAAUGUACAGAGUGGCCCCCCCAUACCUGUGCCAACCUGAUGCCCCCUUCCCCAGGAAGGUGGGCACUCGAGAUGGAAACGUCCCCUGGUGAUAGGCCCAGUGGAGCAGUCACCCUUCUGGGGAAAGGGGAACAAAUCACACCUCGGGUCUACCCCUGGGCUUCAGGGAGUCACAGACCACUCUCAGCCUUCCCCCCAGCGUUUAACUUUGUGCCUUUGACCAUCUCCUAGGUCUGACGAUAUUUAAUGCAAAGAAGUUUUCGGGCCCCUGAGUUAAGGACAGGGGUGCUGACGCCGUCUUGGCUCCCAGGACCCUGUCCUCCUUGCUCAGCAGCCUCUCCAGUUUGGGUUGGGAGAACAGAAGCAGUAGUGGCAGCUGUCCCCUCUCCCUGGGGAGGUGCAACCCUUAGAGAUUGCCCCAGAGCCCCCCUCCCGGCCAGGGGGGAGAUGGACCCCCUCCCUUGCUCAGUGCCUCCUGGCCGGGACCCCUCUCCCCAAGGGGUCUGUAUAUACAUUUCAUACGCCCCGCCCCUCCCAUGUUGCAUGCAUGUUAUACUCUACAGCCAAAGUGUAGCUCUUCCUCCUGUAUCCCGGCUCUGCCUCUCCCUUCCCAGGGUGUGAACUGGAGCCUCCUGUACAGUUCACUCUCCCAGGAGGGUUCUGUGGAGGCGGGAACAAGGGCACUGAGACUCGAAAGCAUUAGACAAUCCCAAAUACCAUCUGUCGAUUUGGAACCGCGCUCAUUUUUACUUUGUAUGCACAUAUUUUAUGGCUGUAGGUUUACUUUCCUAAUUUUGUUCUCCAUGGCUUGUUCUUGAACACAAAAUGAUGAUGAUCAACUACAUCCACACAUCACCUCUUUGACUUUUCCAAGCCCUCUCACCACUAUUGGCAUUUUCCUCACCGGGCCUGCAAAGGAACUCGGACUGGCAGCAUUAUUAUUAUUUUUACAAAAGAGACCAGAGGCAGAAACGGAUUUUGAGCCAGGACUAGAACUUGGACCUCUUACCGCAGGCUGGGAGGCAGGCGUUUGGCUGGCUGUGUCGAUUUCACGAAGGGGGAACUUAAAGCCCACAGGUCCCCCAGUACCUUCUACACGCGGGGCCCUGUGCUAGGCCCACUGCAGCCACAACCACAGAAGAGGCCAGUCCUGCUCUUUAGGCCUGUGGGGAAGGGAAAGCUGACAAUUUUAAUCCUAGCCACCACCUCCUUUCGUGUGUUUGGAUGUUUUCACGGGUCUCACUUAUACCAAAGGGAAAUAAUCUUCAUUAAAAUCCGUAUUUCUUCUA